ACGUGAUCUCAUGGUAUCUGGCAGAAGCAUCCUGACCGGGCCCGUCGAAUAAUAAAAGUGCCGUUACCGAUGGGCGUCGCGACAGUAGUGAGGUGUGGAAACGCAUUCCGACAAUCACGUAGAGCACACUGAACUCAUGAAGAAUACUGCUUGCUAACGUUAUUAACCGGAUUAGAUAGAAAAAAUGAUCCAUCUAGUACCUGUAACCCUGCGAUUAUUUUGGACCACAAACUUUGCUCAGUUUUCUGGAAGUACGGCAACAACGUGACCAGAUACAUGAGAAUGUCGAUUAUUUCUUGA